UCUCGACAUUGAUAUUUUCUAACUCUCCUUCUGUUAGUGUACUCUUACUUUGGUAUCCCACAGCCUUUCCAUACAUUCAUUAGAUACAGUGCAUAUGAGUAGAUUAUCUGACUUUCAACAAGUAAGAACCAUGAUAAGGGACGAGACAUGAAGCUUUCAACAGAGGACCAACAUUGCUAUUCUUUCUUUGAACAAAUGCCACCAUUGGUGAGGAAGCAUUACUAUUGAUCGCGUUCAGAUACAGGUUUCAUUUCUCAACAAAUUUUGACCACAUUAACCUGGGUCAACAUGGUAGAAGCUGUCAGGUGGACACCAACCUUCAAGGAAGUACCGGUAAGUACAGCACUGUUUUAGGUUAAGUUUCUCAUUAGGGUACAUGUCAUAUUGGUAUUGGAACAUUAAAGAUUGUAAUAUAUUAUGUAACUGUUUGAAAUAAAUUACUCAAUAAUUACAGGUUCAUGCCAGGCACUGGAUCAUCUUUAAUAUUAUCAGAAUUGAUUGGAAUUUUAUUUCCUCAGUUCAGAAGGCCCAUUGAAGACCCCAGCCAGCAAAAAUAUCUAACAUUAGCAAACGUGUGUGUGAGUAGCUAAGUACUGUGACACAUCAAGUGAGUGUUACGAGAAGCUGUGAUACUGAUGGAGAUGCAGGACAGCUGUGUGCCACCAGGGUUGGAGUACCUGGUCGAGCUUGACCAGGUACUCAUACAUCAACUCAUCGAGGUGUUUGAAUUAUUGACUGGCUGGGAGAUGAGGAACAAGUACGUGCUGAAGAAUAACAUGGGCCAGCAGUUCUUAUUCGCCAAGGAGCAAAGUACCUUUUGCUCUCGUUGGUGUUGUGGCAACAUCCGUGCCUUCCAGAUGGGCAUCAAUGAUAACAAUGAACAAGAGGUGUUGCGCUUGGACAGACCCCUCAACUGUGCUGGAUGUUGCACCCCUUGCUGUUUGCAGGAAUUAGAGGUGACCAACCAAGGGAUGUUACUGGGCAGUGUGCACCAGGAGUGGAGCUUCUGUACACCCUGGGCUGGGAAGUACUCCAUCAAGAAUGCAUCUGGGGAUGUGGUGUUCAGGUUGAAGGCUCCCUGCUGUGUCUGUAGCUGUGGCAGUGACAUCAUCUUCCCGGUGUUCACUGCAGACUGGGAACAACAGGUGGGUGAGAUCAGAAAGGUUUGGAGAGGUUUCUGCGUGGAGAGUCUCACUGAUGUUGACAACUUUACUGUCACCUUCCCCAAAGACCUGGACGUCCGUAUGAAGGCCCUCUUCUUGGGUGCUGCCUUCCUCAUUGAAUAUAUAUACUAUGAGCGGAAGCAGCAGUGAAGAUGGCAAGUGACACGCAUCCUAAGAAUGACGCAUUUUUACACAACUGGAAAGUCUAAUAAGAUGAUGAACUGAGAGAGGAAGAGACAGAAAGCUGAAGAAGGAUGUUUCCGCAGUACAGUACAGUACAGUACUACUUGAUCAUAAAGUGCAGGUGUUGGAGAGCUACUUGUUGAAUUGUAUCAGAGGAACUUCACCUGUAUGAUUACAAUGGAAGAAACAUAUUGGGUGCAUUUUCUUUAUGCCACCCAAGUUCAAGCUCUGAUUAUUUUGAAAUUAAAAUGAAGCAUAAU